AUGUCUGCUUCGUGCUCGGCAUUGAGACGGCUGACCCACCGGUCUCCCCGCACUUUCCAGUCCCGCAUCGCCUCCGUCUCCAGAAUCUCGUCUUCCACUUCCUCCAUCUCCUCCCUCAACGCCUUCCGUACCCUCAACUCGGCCGCUCCUCGAGUUGCUCGCUUCUCAACCAUGUCGCCUCUCCAAUCUGCUGCCCAGGAUGGCGCCGCCCAGAAGCCUUACGAUCCAGAAAUUCAGGAUAUGACCAACUAUAUCCACAACUAUGAGGUCAACUCGGACUUGGCUUAUGAUACUGCCCGUCUGGUUUUCCUCGAUACCCUAGGAUGUGGACUGGAAGCUUUGAAGUUCAAAGAGUGCACCAAGCUUUUGGGUCCCAUCGUGGAAGGUACCGUCGUUCCCCACGGAACUCGUGUGCCCGGUACGCCCUACCAGCUCGACCCGGUCAAUGGUGCGUUCAACAUUGGUGCUAUGAUCCGCUGGCUGGAUUACAACGACUGCUGGCUCGCCGCCGAGUGGGGCCACCCUUCGGACAACUUGGGCGGUAUCCUCGCCGUGGCUGACUGGAUCUCCCGGACCAACCGCGCUGGCGGCAACAUUGCUGGUGGCAAGAUCGUGAAAGUCAAGGAAGUCCUGGAGGCUAUGAUCAAGGCCCAUGAGAUUCAAGGUGUGCUGGCUCUGGAGAACUCCUUCAAUAAGGUUGGAUUGGACCACGUUAUCCUGGUCAAGGUCGCGACCACCGCUGUGAUCUCGAAGAUGCUCGGCCUUAAUGAGAAGCAGACCGCAGACGCCAUCACCCAGGCAUUCGUUGAUGGCCAGAGCCUUCGAACUUACAGACACUCCCCCAACACCAUGUCCAGAAAGUCCUGGGCUGCUGGUGACGCCUGCCAGCGGGCUGUGAACCUUGUGCUCAAGGUGCAGAAGGGUGAGGGUGGUUUGCACACUGGUCUUACCGCCCCUGUCUGGGGUUUCUAUGAUGUUCUCUUUAAGGGCAAUAAGUUUAAGUUCCAGCGGCCUUACGGUAGCUAUGUCAUGGAGAAUGUCCUCUUCAAGGUGUCCUAUCCAGCCGAAUUCCACUCUCAGACCGCGAUUGAAGCGGCUCAGACCAUCAACAAGAAGCUCGCCGCCUUGGGCAAGAGCGCCAAGGACAUCAAGGAGAUUACCAACCGCACCCACGAAGCUUGCAUUCGCAUCAUCGACAAGCAGUUCAAGGCUAUGGAUAACUUUGCGGACCGUGACCACUGCGUUCAGUACAUGGUUGCCACCAUGCUGGCAUUCAACCGCCUCACCGCUAAUGACUAUGCCGAUGGCUCAGAGGCAGCCACCUCUCCGCUCGUUGAGGAUCUCCGGAAGCGCAUCCGCUGCGUUGAAGAUACCCAGUUCACCGCGGACUAUCAUGACCCGUCUAAGCGCACCAUUCCGAAUGCCCUCACCGUCACUCUGAAUGACGGUACUGUGCUUGAGGAGGUCGUUGUCGAGGCUCCUCUGGGCCACCGUUUGCGCCGCGAAGAGGCCAAGCCGGAGAUUCUGUCCAAGUACAAGCGUCACUUGCAGGCCCACUUCGACCAGGCCCGCAUCAACGAGCUGGUCGAUCUGGGCUUGAACAAGUCUGCCCUCGAGGGCUAUGAUGUGGACAAGUAUGUCGACCUGUAUGUCAAGGAUACGAUCGUCGCCCCAUCCGCAUAA